ACAGCCUUUAAAAACGUUUUUUGAAAGAAUGGGUCGCUCUCAGGAGCUCAGUGAAUUCAAGUGUGGUACCAUGAUAGGUUGCCACCUGUGCAAUAAGUCUAUCCAUGAAAUUUCCUUGCUACUAAAUAUUCCACGGUCAACUGUUAGUGGUAUAACAACAAAGUGGAAGCAACUGGGAAAAACAGCAACUCAGCCACCAAGUGGGGCGGGUCAGCCAAUGCUGAACCACACAGUGCACAGAAGUCACCAACUGUCUGCAGAGUCACUAGCUGAAGACCUCCAAACUUCAUUUGGCCUUCAGAUUAGCAAAACAGUGCGUAGAGAUCUUCAUGGAAAGGGUUUCUAUGGC